UUUGACUCUUUGGACUCUCUCUGUGCCAAAUUGAUGGUAUCUAAGGCCAUUUGGAACUAAUUUUCUGCAACAGUCAGGAGGAGGCGUGAAAGUAACACUGAACUGUGAUGCUGAUAAGUAACCAAUUAAAUUAGAGGAACCAAGGACAAUCUGGUCAUGUAGCAAUCAAAGCGAAUUAUCUAUCUAAGAAUUAAUCAUUGAAUGAUCUGCUACUUUAAUGAAAUCAUCCCUGACGAAGCUUCAGACCCCUGUGAAGUCGUGACUUUGGUUGUGAUGUUACAGAAUCAAAUUCAUUUCUGAGUGUCUGUUCAGAGCAAUGUUGGUCCCAAGCUGCAAAUGUACAAUGGAUAGUAAUGAGACAAAUGAAAAUCAUUGGAUAGAGUCCGGUAUGGAGUCCGAUGUAGCCCCAGACGAGAUGUACCUGAUGUUACAAGCAGAUAUGAUGAGCAUCAAGAAGCAGGAGCGGGCCCUACAGAGCGAGAUUGCUGAAAUCAAGUCCAAGUUCCUCAACCUGGUGGAGACCUGUGGUGUCCAGGAGUCCGACUUCCCGGUCCAGCACAACUCCAGUGUAGUGUCUCCUUCCUUCCUCCACAACACCACCUCAUCCAACCUCCGCCGCGUGCUGCCGCAGGAGGAGGAUGAAGAGUACCUACUUCAGCAGAUCCUGCAGGGCUCCGUGUGUUCCAGCAGCAGUGACAGUUUGUACGAGGACUCCCAGAUGACUCUCAUCGUGGACAACAACUCCAACUACAAGUCACCCGCUUUCCGUCAACCAGAGAACACGUUGGUCAGCUUCGCCAGCAUGCUUGUGCCGAACAUCACCGAGCCUCUUUCAUCAUCCGACAUCAGCAAUGGAUCCAGCAGGAUGACCACCUCAUCUGACGGCUACCCCAGAUCAACGGAGACCUCCUCCGAUGUGGACAACCAGUGUGUGCCUUGUAUAGACUUUGAGGAGGAACUUGCAUCUCGCACCAAGUACUACUCCGACUUCACCAUUGAUCGUCAGCGGAAGAUCAACAACAUGUCACCACCACUGUCCAAUGGCAACGAGUCCUCCAAAGGAAGUGACAACAGUGAUGAUGCAUCUGAGGAACUAUUCACUCGGGAGGUGGAAGGAUGUGAAGCCAAAGACUUGCAGGCAUUCCGUGCUGCUCCUCUUGGUGUUUCUACUGUGAAUGACUCUAGGGUGAUUGCCUAUUCUCGUGCUAGUUCCCAGUCCUCUGGAACAGACAGCUCAUCAGUGUCUUCUAGAUCUCGUCAUCGCAUCAGCAGAUCUCGCCGAUCCUGUGCAAGCAACAGAUCUACUUCAUCGUCAUCCAGCCGUAAGAGUACCACAAAUCCACAGGCAUCAUCCACCAUGAUUGAGGACCUGUCUCCACUAUCUUCUCGCAGCAGUGGUAGCAGCAGGCACAAGUCUUCCACUUCCAACCCACAGGCUUCAUCUACCAUGAUUGAAGAGCUUCCUUCCUCCAAGGGCAGCAGUCGGUGUUCCAGCCAUGAGGACUUCGUCAGUGUUUACACCUGGUCUAUCCAUGACACCUCAGAGGAAGUUAACCUGGAGGAUUCCUACCUCAGGAAUAUUGGACACAAAGUGACUGCACCCUCCACCAGAUCCAGCCGUAGCAGUAGUGCCAGCAGUUCAGCAUCCAGGAAAUCAACCAAGCGUGACAGAGACUCUAACCGCAUCCAGCAUGUGUUGCCAGAGCCAGAUUCACAACUUGGGAAUUCCUUAUCUGUGAUCGAACAAGCAAGUGACAUUCGUGAGGCAUUCCUUGGAGCUGAUUCUUUGUACGAGGAUGAGGACAUCCACUACAAGGCCAGCACCUUACCUCGCACCAGCACCCGUGUCUACCUCCUGGGGAGCAAAUCCAGUGCUAGCUCAUCCUUGGAAGCUCGUCGCUCAUCCAUGCCUGACAUUCUCAGUGUCUGCACACCUAGUGACUUUCAUAGUGUUCCCACAUCUGACGCUGAAGAGGACAACCAUAGUGCUGAUGAUUCCUCCCCUCUCCAGGAGCGCAUCGAGGUCCCCGGCAAAUCCAGUUCCAGUGGCUGCACCUCCAGUCCACCAGAGAACUCCAACAACACUGAUGCUGCUGCACCAAACAACACGGAAGCUCUCAUCGACUCCAUCUUGACCGACAGUCCUGUCAGUGCCUGCAGUAGUGGUAUAGCAGCCCCAUACAACUCCUACAACUCUCCUGCCGAGAGUCACCUAGCGUCAGCAGCAUCACGUACCAGCCAGUCCACUACCAGUGACAACAAGUCCGAAUCAUCCAUCGGCAAACCUAGUGCUCCUCCAUCCUCUGUCGCAUCUUCACCAGUCGUUACCAGCAAACCUGCCGAUGACGAUUUUGUCUUCAAGAAACCCCUCAACACCCAGCCACUGAGGAAGCUGUUCAAGUUCAAGAAAAGCAAGGGGAAGAGCACAGAGAAGAUUCCCACAACCUCCACUCCAAGCCACGCCUAUCCCUCCUCUGUUCGCAGUGACCCUCUCUCUCGGAGGAAACUCUUCAUGGGCAGGGAGCAGAAGAUGCACGAGGUUCAGCUCAUGGACAAAAAGGCAGUGAUGAAGAAGUUCCGCAGGUUCAGCGAGAGUUUCCGUAAGCGUGACGGUACCGGGCUUCCAAGGAUCCAGACGCUUGCCAACCUCUAAAGCAGAGACAUUGUGUUAAAGAUACCGUGUUGUGUUCAAAGUUCAAAGACAUUGCCAAAAACUUUUUUAUUUUUUGUAAAUAUACUCUUCCAGUGUGUGACUUGUAAGAAAGAAAUGUGUUGUUACUGUUUAGAUUGUGUUUUGCUGUCAGAUAUUGAGUGAAAUCAAAGUGUUUUUGUUUUGUCAGAAUGACUUUUUUUGUUGAUUGACCUUUGUUUAUGUUUUUUCCUUGAGAUUUUAUGAGCUCUCAGAUGUGUUCCAGUAGGUUCAGUAUUGUAACAGUGCAAUAAGAUGUACUCCAACUGUAGCAAUCUAGCAAAGUAGAAAAUGUUCCCACACUUGUUUCAGUCUUGCCAAAACUUGAACAGAAAAUUCUGUUUUUUGACUGUUUGUACAUUUGUAAAUUUUGUAAGAAAGUCUUAAUUUAUUCAUACCAUAAUUUAACAUGCAGUGCUAAAUUAUGUACAU